CUCUUAUACGUAAGAAGCUACAAAAUUCAACUCUUAUCGGUUUUGUUUUAAGCUUUCGUCAAACAUCUUCCUUGCGUAUAAGUAUACUCAUCUACCAUGUUUGAUUCCAUCUUUGACUCGCCUUCAUUCUCGCCUGGAUUCUGCUUCUCCUUAUUCUUCCACCUUCGGAGAGACUUUUUGUGCAUGGGUUAAGUUUUUUACUCUCUCAAGAAGUUUUUCGUUUGGGAUGGGAAUGGAGGAGGAGUCGACUGAGGUGGCGCCGUCUAUGGAUGUGAAGAAGGAAAAACCGGUUGGUUUGAGAGCGUUAGAAGCUUUGGGAAAAGGGUUUGAUCUCAGUAGUGAUUUCAGGUUAAAAUUCGCAAAAGGGUUGAGUGGAAAUGGAAGUGGAAGGUUGGUGUUGCUCGAUGAGGCUAACAAAAGGGAUGUUUUGAUACCUGGUAGUGGUGGAGGGCUCACGAUUCCCGGAGUUUCGGAGGAUAUUCGAUGUGAUAAGGGAGAUCGAAUUCGGUUCAAAUCGGAUAUUCUCGAGUUCAAUCAAAUGUCUGAAUUACUUAAUCAGAGAUCUUCAAUUCAAGGAAAAGUCCCUUCAGGCUAUCUUAAUGCUAUAUUUGAAUUAAGUGGAGAUUGGUAUCAUGAUGUUGCAGACACCAAGAGUCUUGCUUUUGAUGGCUACUUCAUCUCAUUGUACAACUUGCAUCUUACAGCGUCUCCAUUAGUUCUGCAUGACGAAGUAAAAAAGUCUGUUCCACCUCGUUGGGAUCCAGCUGCAUUGUCUAGGUUUAUCAAGUCAUAUGGGACACAUAUAAUAGUAGGGAUGGCUGUUGGAGGUCAAGACUUAGUUUGUGUUAGACAGAAGUCUUCAUCACCAAUUCCUCCGGCUGAUCUAAGAGGACACCUGGAGGAUCUGGGAGACAUUCUUUUCUCAGACAGCAGAAGCCCUUCCCUACUGCAGAGAAAAACAGGAGAUGGAAAAUACAAAGUUCCUGAAGUGUUCGGUCGUAUACUGCAGUCAAACACAAUGCAGCUGACCACUAUUUCAGAAACAUCAAGCAAGGAUGGUCUCACUGUCACUUGUUCAAAAAGAGGAGGGGAUGUGUUCCUGCACAGUCACUCCAAUUGGCUUCAAACUGUGGCUGCUAAACCUGAAGCUAUUCAUUUUAAGUUCGUACCUAUUAUUUCCCUUCUUACUGGCGUUUCAGGCAGUGGCUAUCUUAGUCAUGCUAUCAAUCUGUAUUUACGCUACAAGCCUGCUCUAGAGGAUUUACAGUACUUCUUGGAGUUUCAAGUUCCAAGGCAAUGGGCACCUAUGUUUUGCGAGCUGCCUCUCCGACAUCAAAGAAGAAAGCCUGUUUGCCCAUCCUUACAAUUUAGUUUCUUUGGUCCAAAAAUCAAUGUUGGCUGUACUCAGGUUUCAACUGAUAAGAAACCAGUUGUCGGUUUGCGUUUGUACCUGGAAGGGAAAAAAUGCAAUCAGUUAGCACUUCAUGUACAGCAUCUCUCAAGCCUUCCGAAUACAAUGAACAUUGCAUUGGCUAACAGCAGCAAAAGCAGUCCAUGCCGGUGGCGAGGCUCUGAUGACUAUGAAUGUAGUGACCAGUUCUUGGAACCAAUCAGAUGGAAGAAAUAUUCAAAUAUAUGCACAUCAGUGGUUAAACAUGAUCCAAACUGGUUGAAGGGAGAGUCUAGUGGAGUGUAUAUUGUGACUGGAGCACAGUUAAUUAGUAAAGGGAAGUGGCCUAAGACCAUACUUCACCUCCGUUUACUCUUUACCCAUUUAUCCAAUUGUUCCAUUCGAAAGACGGAGUGGUCUGCAGCACCAGAAACUUCUCACAAAUCAAAUUUUCUCACUAAUUUGAGCACAACAUUUACAUUUACUCAGAAAACAGCUACUGCUGAUCAUCAAAGACAGGCGCAGGCUGUACUUAACUCUGGUGUUUAUCCAGAUGGACCCCCCUCUCGAUCUGCAAAGCUGCUUAGAUUUGUUGAGACGGCUGAGGUGGUGCGAGGACCGCAUGAUGUUCCGGGGCAUUGGUUGGUAACUUCUGCUAAGUUAGUAAAAGAUGGAGGUAAAAUCGGUUUGCAUGUAAAGUUUGCAUUAUUAGAUUACUUUUGAUUGUGUAAAUAAAUGAAGAAUGAGGUUAAUAGAUCUUCUGCUAUAUUUAUAUAUGUGAUAUGUUGAUUGCAUUGUUGUUGUUACUCACAUAAAUGUGUAAAACUGUUACGCCAUAGUUUUGUACAUUGAGAGUUUUCAUACCUUAGUAUGAAUUUUGCUUGGUUGACGACAAUGACGUCCACUGUUCAUUUUUACUGACACCAAAUUUUUUCGUUUAAAGCUCCACAAAUUGUGAGAGAGUACUUUUAUA